CGGCGAGGGGGCGGGGCCUGGGGCGUUCCCUGGGAGGCUUUGAGAGUGAGGUGGCGGGAGCGGCGGCUAUGGCGGCGCCGGAGGAGAAAGCAUCGCAGGUCGCUGAGUGGUUGAAAAAGAUAUUUGGAGACCAUCCCAUUCCACAAUAUGAGAUGAACUCACGGACGACAGAAAUUUUAUAUCACCUUUCAGAACGCAACAGGGUCCGGGACAGGGACAUCAGCCUGGUAAUAGAGGAUUUAAAACAGAAAGCAAGUGAAUAUGAAUCUGAAGCCAAACGUCUUGAAGACUUUCUCUCGGAGAGCGUGAAUUUUUCACCUGCCAAUCUGUCUAGCGCUGGUUCCCGUUUUCUGAAUGCACUGGUGGACAGUGCAAUUGCCCUGGAAAUAAAAGAUACUUCACUAACAAGUUUUAUCCCCGCAGUGAAUGAUUUGACUUCUGACCUUUUUCGUACCAAAUCCAAAAGUGAAGAAAUCAAGCUUGAACUGGGUAAACUGGAAAAGAACCUGACGGCAACGUUGGUGCUAGAAAAAUGUCUACGAGAAGAUCUCAAGAAAGCAGAGCUGCAUCUGUCUGCAGAAAGGGCCAAAGUCGACAGUCGCCUUCAGAACAUGGACUUCCUGAGAGCAAAGGCAGCGGAGUUCAGGUUUGGAAUCAAAGCUGCAGAGGAGCAACUUUCAGCCAGAGGCAUGGAUGCGUCUCUGUCUCAUCGGUCACUAGUGGCACUUUCAGAGAAACUCUCAGAAUUAAAACAGCAGGCUAUCCCUCUGAAGAAGAAAUUGGAGUCCUAUUUAGAUUUAAUGCCGAAUCCAUCUCUUGCUCAAGUGAAAAUUGAAGAGGCAAAGAGAGAGUUAGACGCCAUCGAGGCUGAACUUACCAAGAAAGUAGACAUGCUGGAGCUGUGAGGGCAGCCAAGCAGACGUGCUGCUCCUGAGGGGAUGCCCGCUCUUAGAGACAAGGAUGUCUCUAUUGGGAAAAUAACUGGGUUUGGUUCUGCCUUUAAAUUUUGUGGCCUGAAUACAGUUUUCAUAUGAAAAGGCA